UUUGGACUCGGGAACCAAUUGACAUAGCGCUGUUUUUACCUCAAACGAAUUUUAGUGUGUUAAACUUGAAGUUCACUUGGAAGGAAGAUCCUUUUGAAGAAGUGAAGAAUUGCUUAUUUCAGUUACAACGAAAAGUAGACACGUGAGGCCUUAGGGUACGUGCAAACACUGUAAAAUAUCCGGCACGUGAGCGUAACAAAGUACCUUAAAAUGACAAUUAAAGUUCUGUAUUUCAGGCUGUCGAUAAUAGCAGUUCUUUUCGUUUCCAACUUCGGCGUUCGACACCGGCUACGACACGAAUAUCAUAGACGUGAAAAGAACCUAUUCUACCCUCAAAAUAUUAGCGUAGGCAUCGGUACUGGAAUUGAUGAGUCUGGGCCAUGGGGUCCUUGGACCGAAAAUAGCCAAUGUUCUAGGAGUUGUGGAGGUGGGGUCACAUUUCAGACCAGAACUUGCACAGAUCUGAGUGGCUUCAUCUUUAGUGAAUCUCUGGAAGUGGUCUCGACAAAACCUCAGGUUCUUCCUGGUGGAGUGUUUGCUGAACCAGUCGGAUGUGAUAUGAUUCUUGGAUCUAACGCCAAAGAAGACAAAUGUCGAGUUUGUGGAGGAGACGGAAGUAGUUGCAGAACAGUCACAGGCGUCGUCAGUGACGAUAAUUUACGAGUAGGCUAUAACGACAUCAUCCUCAUUCCAGUGGGUUCUACUAACAUUAAAAUAAGAGAGACGAAACCAACAAACAACUACUUAGCUGUUAGAGAUAUGACUGGUCACUACUAUCUGAAUGGCAAUUGGAGAAUAGUGUUUCCUAAAGUACUGAAGUUUGCUGGAACUGUCUUUCACUAUGAGCGUAAGUCCUAUGGUUAUCUUUCACCAGAAUUCUUAUGGGCACCUGGUCCAACCACAAAACCAGUUUUUAUUGUGCUGUUAUAUCAAGAGAAGAAUCCUGGUAUCAAAUAUGAAUAUUCUGUAUCAAAAGCUGUGAGAAGCACUCAACCUGACACGUAUUCCUGGACUUUCGAGGAAUUUGGAACCUGUUCUCGAACUUGUGGUGGUGGUUUCCAGAGACGAUCAGUCAGAUGUGUACGAACUAAUGGAUUUAAAGUAGUUCCAGAAUAUUUAUGUGACCCGCUUUUGAUGCCCAGUACCAACCGUACAUGUAACAAAGAGGCUUGCCCUGCAAGAUGGUUUACUGGUGAAUGGGGGAAUUGUUCAAGACUAUGUGGAAGUGGUGUUCAGUUUCGCCUUGUUUACUGUCAUCAACUUACAGAGAAUGGUGUUGUUGUUGCUUAUGACAAACAGUGUGAACGUGAAGAUGGUUCUAAACCUAGUUUUAUUCAACAGUGUACAACUGGACGAAAGUGCCCAGUAUGGCAUGUUGGACCUUGGACUGCUUGUAACAGAAUCUGUGGAAAUGGUAACCAGACAAGGCUAGUAACAUGUCGAAGAAACAAAGAAGAGGUAUUGGAUUCCAUGUGUGAUCCCGAUAGUCGACCUAUCACAAGUCAGUCUUGUAAUCUCGGCCCAUGUGAAGGUGUAGAAUGGAUUCUUUCAGAGUGGAGUGGGUGUGAUACAUCCUGCGGCUUGACUAUGGAGUCUCGUGAAGUUCAGUGUGCUAAUAAGGAAGGUAAGGUGUUCCUUAAUGAAAUGUGUGACAAAAAUCAACUACCUGAAAUUAGUCGUCCUUGCAUGGAUUCUCCUCCUUGUGAAUCUUUAUGGUUUGCCUCAGAAUGGAGUGAAUGCUCUGCUAAGUGUGGAGAAGGGAUUCAGACUCGUUCUGUAUUCUGUGGCUACUGGAAGGAUGAUGUAGUAGUUAAAGCUCCUGAAAGUCAAUGUAACAUCAAUAAAAAGUAUGCAGCAACCCAAAACUGCACAGCACCUCCUUGUAAAGCAUUGUGGUUUACUGGGCCUUGGAAUAGAUGUUCUGUUCCUUGUGGAGGAGGGGAAAGAACAAGGAAAAUACUAUGCAUUAGUGAAGAUGAUGUUGUUUCGUCUAAGAACUGUGAUGCAGGCCUACGACCGUAUGAUAAAGAACCAUGCAAAAUGCAUCCUUGUGAUGAAGGUAUAUGUAUAAUUAAAAAAUAUACUAUUAUACACAAACAAAAUGUUACAGAUAUUUCCAUUAAUUGUAUGGAUACACUGUUUGGGUGUUGUCCUGACAAUGUUACUAUUGCAGAUGGACCAAAUGGAGAGGGCUGUGUUCAACAAAAUGUUACAGAUAUUUCCAUUAAUUGUAUGGAUACACUGUUUGGGUGUUGUCCUGACAAUGUUACUAUUGCAGGUGGACCAAAUGGAGAGGGCUGUGUUCAACAAAAUGUUACAAAAAUUUCCAUAAAUUGCAUGGAAACACCAUAUGGAUGUUGUCUUGAUAAUGUUACAGCUGCUGAAGGACCAGAUGGAGUUGGUUGUCCAGUAAUGAAUCUCACUAGUACAACUAUAAACUGUUCUGAAAGUCUUUAUGGAUGCUGUCUUGACAAUACCACAUUAGCCUUGGGUCCUGAUAUGGAGGGUUGUGAAGUUUUUUUGCCUGCUGGGCAUGAUUUUCUUUGUUUACUCUCCCCAUUUGGAUGCUGUCCUGAUGGUUUCACUUCUGCUGAAGGUCCAGACAACCAAGGAUGUUGUCUAGUAACGGAAUAUGGCUGUUGUCAAGAUAAUAUCACAGCAGCACAGGGACCAUCAUUUGAAGGUUGUAAAGAAAUAGAUGUAACUGAACAGCCAGACAUAGAUAUCCCACCAAAUUGCUCCAAAUUUCCAUUUGGUUGUUGUCCUGAUGGGAUCUCUCCUUCUCAAGGACCAAAUGAUGAGGGAUGUUGUGUUACUACACAGUUUGGUUGCUGUCCAGAUAAUCUAACUGCUGCCAUGGGACCAGAUAACCUUGGUUGUGGCUGUCAGACGUUUCCUUAUGGAUGCUGUCCAGAUGACAUUACUCCAGCAAUGGGUCCCAGGUACAUUGGAUGCUCUUGUAAAGAAUAUCCUUUUGGAUGCUGUCAAGAUGGUUACUUUCCAGCUAAUGGCCCAAACUUUGAAGGUUGUAUAUGUGAUAGGUUAUUAUAUGGAUGCUGUGAUGAUGGUGUUACCCCAGCCAUAGGGCAUAAUAAAGAAGGUUGUGGUUGUGAGACCACUAAAUUUGGUUGUUGCCCUGAUAACAGUAGUGUUGCAGUUGGUCCUCAAUAUCAAGGUUGUGCCUGUGACCUUUUCCAUCAUGGGUGCUGUCCUGAUGGAAAUACUCCUGCUAAAGGACCAUAUAAUGAAGGAUGCCCCUGUGAAACUCUUCUCUAUGGAUGCUGUCCAGACAAAGUUACACAAGCUAUAGGACCAGGUUAUGAAGGCUGUGGUUGUAUGUAUGAUAAACAUGGGUGCUGCCCUGAUGGAAGGACAUCAGCCAAAGGACCAGGACUUCAAGGAUGCCCUUGUGAUAUCUUGCCUUAUGGAUGCUGUCCAGACAAAAAAACUGCUGCAAAAGGGUUAGAUUAUGAAGGAUGUCCAUGUGAGACCUUUCAUUAUGGGUGCUGUCCAGAUAGGCAAACCCCUGCAGAAGGACAAGAUUAUGAAGGAUCAUCCAUAAGGCAGGGUUUCACUUCAUGUGAGACCUUUCAGUAUGGGUGCUGUCCAGAUAGGCAAACCCCUGCAGAAGGACCAAAUUAUCAAGGAUGCCCUUGUGAAACCCUGCCUUAUGGAUGCUGUCCAGAUAGGCAAACCCCUGCAGAAGGACCAAAUUAUCAAGGGUGCCCUUGUGAAACCCUGCCUUAUGGAUGCUGUCCAGAUAAACAAACACCUGCACAAGGACUCCAAUAUCAUGGUUGUCCUUGUAAUACCCUGCUUUAUGGUUGCUGUCCUGAUAAGCAAACUCCUGCUAAAGGUCCAGAACUUCAAGGAUGUCCUUGUGAAUCUUUUUCUAAUGGCUGUUGUCCAGAUAGAAAAACCCCAGCAGAAGGACCAAAUUACAAAGGAUGCCCUUGUUCUACAAUGCCUUAUGGAUGUUGUCCAGAUGGUGUGAUAGUAGCUAAGGGACCACAUUAUGAGGGUUGUUCCUGUGUAAAUACACCAUAUCGUUGUUGUCCAGAUGGUAUACAUGUUGCAAGUGGACCCAACUUUGAAGGAUGUCCUGACAUACCCAUUAUUGAUCAAAAGGUUGCUGGAGAUGUUUGCAAAUUACCAAAGGCACUUGGUCCUUGCCGUGAUUAUUCUGUCAAAUGGUUUUUUGACAUGGAGUAUGGUGGUUGUACAAGGUUUUGGUAUGGGGGAUGUAAUGGUAAUGAAAAUCGAUUUGAUUCUGAAGAAAAAUGCAAAGACAUAUGUGUUGAGCCAAAAGGGGCAGAUGCCUGUGCUUUACCCAAAGUCGAAGGAUCUUGCAAUACUCCAUAUAAGGCAUGGUAUUUCAACACUGAGACAAGGCAAUGUGAAUUAUUUACCUACAGUGGUUGCCUUGGCAACAACAACAGAUUCAUUAGCAAAGAAAUGUGCGAGAAGACAUGUAUUACUCAAGACUUUCUUCAUGUAUGUCAACAACCUCUGGUGGUUGGCCCAUGUAGGGGAUCUUUCUCUCGUUGGUACUAUGACAAAUCUGAUGAUCGAUGUAAGCAGUUCAAGUAUGGAGGCUGUAAAGGAAAUGAAAAUAACUUUCCAACUGAAAGUCAGUGUCAAACACAAUGUACUUCAUUCACUGCAAAAGGAAGAGACAUUUGUUUGUUGCCAAAACAGAUUGGGAACUGUUUUGAAUUCAGAGAUCAGUGGUUCUAUGAUGCAGAAGAAAAUGAAUGCCAGAAGUUUACUUACAGUGGCUGUGGUGGAAAUGGAAACAAUUUCAACUCUGCUGCAGAAUGUCAAGAAAGAUGUGGAAAGCCAACAUCAACAGAAGUAUCUCAGACAUUUACAACGGUUCCUGUAAAUACCUGUGCUCAGCCUUUCGAUAAGGGACCUUGUAGAGGAUUUUUUCCACAGUGGUAUUACGAUUCCAGAAUUAACAUUUGCAAGCGAUUCAUCUAUGGAGGAUGUGAAGGAAAUAGCAAUAGAUUUAGUGAUCGAAGAGAAUGUGAACUUCGCUGUGUGAAAAAACCAACUGAAGAAAAACAUGCAACAACAAAACCAGUCAUCAAAGGCAAUGCAGAUGUCUGUUCAUUGUCUGUUGAUCCUGGGACCUGCAGUCAAUCUUUGCCUCGCUGGUUUUUUGAUCCAAAGAGUCAACAGUGCUUACCUUUUGUUUAUAGUGGCUGUAAAGGGAAUAAAAACCGUUUCAAAUCCUAUGAGUUUUGCAUGAAAUUUUGCACUGAAAGUACUCCAGUUCUGGUCAAUGACAAUGAACAAGAUAUGAUCCACACAUCUGUACUACCAUAUGAACCUACCUGCCCAUCUUCAAACUGUGGUCAACUUCAGUGUACAUUUGGAAUAGAUGAAUAUAAAGAUCAGCAAGGUUGCACCUUCUGUCGAUGUUACAACCCUUGCCAGUUACAUAACUGUGAAGAAGGAGAGCGUUGUGUUGUCAGAGUUAAUGACAACAAAGAUGAUGAAGCAAGAAUAGAAGCUACUUGCCAAAAACAAAUUAAGCCUGGCCAAUGUCCAUCAUCUGAAAGUUUUAUGGCCAAUGAAACACUUGAGAUACGCAGAAGAACUUGUAGACAUUACUGUCGUGAUGAUGCAGAUUGUCUUGGUAGCAAUAAGUGUUGUUUUAAAGGAUGUACCAAACGUUGUACAGUACCAACCAUAACAACAACAACCAUACCAACAACAACGGAAGAAGAAACUGUGAAAUCAGGAUCUCGAGUUGUUUUCAGUUGUUUGAGCCAAGGUGUAGCCACUUCUGCAGCAAAGUGGACAAAGGAUAGCAUGCCAGUGGACUUCAUAAGUGGAAGGUUUCAGAAACUUUCAGAUGGAUCCCUACAGAUUAAUCCGGUAAAGUCUAAAGACUCGGGUUUAUAUAAAUGUGAAUCAAGAAAUGAAUUUGAGGGUCAGAUGUAUCGUUUAAUCAACAUGACUGUACAAGCUCCUGUACAUAUUAUACCUGGUCCCAAAGUGAUAAAGGCCAAAGAAGGAGCAUCCUGUAUGCUUCCAUGCAAUGCAGUAGGAUUCCCACGUCCAAGUGUCACAUGGUGGAGAUUCCAAAAAAUGUUACCUCUUCUUAGCACCCGUUAUAAGCAGUUGCAGAACUAUUCACUGCUUAUUUACUCAGUAAUUCAGCAUGACCAGGGCCAGUACACUUGCUUGGCACAUAAUGGGAUAGGCCCCACAGCUUUGUGGGAGACCACGUUAAUAAUUGAACGUCAUAUGCCAAAUGUUGAUGAAUCUGAGCUUGAUGUUGUCAGUGAGCCAACUAUGAAAACUAGAGAGCUGAAUAGUCAGAGUCUGUCUACUUUACAAACAACUACAGAAAAUACAGAAUUGGAUGUGGCUCAUCACGAAUUAUAUGAAAAUCUAGAAGUUAAGGUGAGUAUUGCUUCCAAAGAAUAUAAAACAGGUUCUUCUCUUCAACUGGACUGCAAAGUUACAGGCCCUGAAGACACCUCUGUGGAAUGGUAUUUGGAUACAAGGUCUUCUCCAAUACAAAGCAAUGAGAGAUUACAAAUUUUUAGUAACAAUUCCUUGAUCAUACAAAGAGCUGAGCAAAGUGACAGUGGUGUUUACAGGUGUGAAGCAAAAAGCAAGUACAGUGAAGCUUCAAGUUCUCUAUCUCUCAUUAUUGAAGAUGUCUACAUACCUCCACAAUGUACAGACGAUCCGCAGUUUGCAAGCUGUGAUACCAUAGUCCGAGUAAAGUACUGCACGAAUCCUUACUAUGGCAGAUUCUGCUGUCGGUCCUGUAGGUUGGCAGGACAACUUCCACCAAAAUUUACCUCACCUUUUGUGUAAUAGUUUUCACUUUAUUGAAUUAAAUUGUUUCUCUUAACUGUCUUUGACAAAUUUAGUUCCCACAAAGCCUCUGUUUAGCUUAAUCAAUGAUGUAAGUGUAGUGCCAGACUGUGGAUGAUCGUUGUAUUAAAAAUGUAGUUUUCCAGAAACUUAAAUAUGACAUUUAUUUGCGCAUGAUUAGUUUUAAAGUUUCUCUUUUUUUUUUGGUAUGAUUAUUGAUCUUGAGAUUAUAAUGUAUUGAGUUCAAUAAACUCAACUUCUCACAUUGGCUGAAAUAAGUUUUUUUUUAUUAUCUCUAAAGUGAAGAUUGUUUUUUUUUUACUAACUUUAUUGCCAAAACUACACGUUUGUUUUGUUCAAAACUAUAAGAGUACAUUAAUUUCUUAAUAUAUAUUUGUUGCUUAAUAAAAUUUGUAUUUUUAAGCUAUUUUAUUUUCACUGUACCCUUGUGUUAUAUGUUUCUAAAUACAGUUCAUAAUACUUGUGUGUUUUUGCAGUUUUUUAUGAGUUCGUUAUUCUUUAGUACAUCUUUGUAAUGGCUCAUUUAACAUAAUUAAUAUAAGAAUGUGCUGUUUUGACAUUUGUUUGUUUACAUAGAAGAGGAAAUAAGUUGGCUUUGUGCAAUCUUUAUAUGUUUAAGACAUAUAUGUUAUAAACAAAUUAUAUAAAAUUUAUCCUUUUUAUGAAUUAUGCUAGGUUUUUCUUGGUUUUGUUAUAAUAAAGUGAUCAGUUGACGUGAAAAAUACAUAUGAUUAGAUGGUAUUUAUGUUAGUUUUUGAAACAAAUUAUAGAUUCAUAUUUGCGUGUAACAUACUUUCCUGAAAACACUAAAACUGUUCAUUUUAAUGAAAAUUGUCUUGAUUAUCUUGUAUAUUUGAGUGAAUCACUGCUUUAGCAUGAACCAGCAAUAUAGCAGAUAAAUUAAAACAUUCAAACAGAAGAAACAUUGCACUUUUUAUAGAUUUUGCUCUUUUUAUGACCAAAAACUUUGUUAAUAAUAAAGAUACCUAACUGGUGAAACAAUGCAUUCUAAUCUUUAUAUAUAAGAACAGUAUAUUUAUACCCAUUACCUGGUUGAUUUUUAUUUCUGAUCUAAGUAGGUUGAUAUUAAUUAUGUUGGAAUUAAGUUCUACCAAAUUCUCUGAUUGAUUUCAGUGUUUGUGUUAUAAGUAGCAUUUUUUUUUUAGAUGACAAAAUAUUUUACAUUGCAUAUGAUUUUAUUUUUAUAUCCUUCGUUAGGAUAUGAUCAGGAUAUGCAGUUAAAAAAAAACUUUUGUCAUGCUCAAGACACUGGACAUUCAGAUUUGUAUUUCCUAAGUUCACAUUUAUACAUAUGCUUUUUCUAAAACAAUGUUAACUAGUGUAAUUUGUAAUAUGAAUUGUUCAUGCAUAACUAAUACUUCCAGAAAUCUAUUAUGUAUAAAUAGGAAACUUGGAAAAAAGGCCAAUCAUAACAUAAUACAAAACAGUUACUUGUAUCUUUGUCUCAUAAUAGAUCAAACGUUUAAUAAGCAACUGAAAUAACAGUGCAAUACUUCAACUUGUGUUUAGAUACUGUCUCAAAGAAAUUAAACUGUAAUGUAAAACAUAGUUCAUAAGUAAUGGCUGUGCAAAAUUUCAUUUUGUACAUAUCAGUCAUUGACUAAAGAGUCUUAUAUUGAAAGAGUUCAAACACAACUCUUAUGUGAGAGUAGAGCCUUAAAGGGCUAAAAUUAUUUCCAUCAAUACACCUGUAUCAUUACCAAACUAGUAUCAGUAAAAAUAUAUUUUCAGAGUAUUUAUAAUAAUCCUGUAAGGUCUAGAUAUUGUGUAUUGAAUCUUUAAUGGGCCAAAUUUAGUAAAUAAUAAAUUAUUUUAUUGAGUAAA